AUGGAUGGUCUACCGAUCCAAGCUACACCCCGUCUCCCGGGGGCGAGGAAGAAGAGAGCUCUCACCGAAGCCGCUCACGGCGUAUGUAUGCAUCCCGGACGGAAGCAGAGGGCACGCAAGAGGAAUCACCCAUUCCGAGAAGACGGAAUGACACAGUCAUCUACUCUCGCGGCAGACAAUCUCGCGGCGAUCAGAUGGUUUAACGGCCUCCCUCAAGGUUCUAUCUACAAUUUCUCAGACAUCAGCCGCGCCUUCCUGGCUCAAUUUACAACGCGGAUAGCAAAGGCCAAGCAUCCUAUCAACCUCCUCGGGGUAACCCAGAGACAGGGAGAGCCGACCAGGAGGUACUUAGAUCGGUUCAACGACGAAUGCUUGGAAAUCGACGGCUUGACCGACUCGGUGGCCAGUCUCUGCCUGACGAACGGCCUCCUCAACGAGAACUUCCGGAAACACCUUACCACGAAGCCGGUAUGGACGAUGCAUGAAAUCCAAAUGGUGGCCAAAGAAUACAUAAACGACGAGGAAGUCAGCCGAGUCGUGGCUGCCAAUAAGCGGCAGUCCGGUUACGGCCAGGCUCGGCAGUCCGGUGGCGACGGGGAGAGAACAAAAGAAAAGGUUAGGGAGGAGGCAUCAAACAAAGCCCCUAGACCGUUCCCUCGAGUCGGGAAGUUUACAAACUACACUCCACUCACCCUCCCCAUCGUGGAAGUCUAUCAACAAAUUGCCGAGAAGGGAAUCCUUCCGAAGCCCCGACCACUUAAGGACCGUACGGGUGGAAACAAGAACCUUUAUUGUGAUUACCACAAGGGAUAUGGCCAUCAAACACAAGACUGUUUCGACUUGAAGGAUGCAUUAGAACAGGCGAUAAGGGAAGGAAAGCUAGCAGCGUUCUCCCAUCUCAUUAGGGAGCCGAGAAGGCGUUAUCGCGAUCAGGACGAGGAAGGCAAGACACGCUCGGCCAAGCGGCGACAAGAACCCGAAGACAGAGACCACGGCCUCACGGUGAUAAACGUGGUAACGGCAAAAAACACUGCACCAAAAUCCCGGUCGGCACAUAAGAAAGACGCCAAGGUUCUGGCGAUCUCAUCUCCGCCGAUGCAGAGUACCAAAAAACCCCCGUCCAUUUCUUUCGGCCCAGAAGAUCAAUGGUUCAACGACGCCCCGGAAAACCCUCCCAUGGUCAUAACGGCCAGAGUGGGAACCGGCCUCGUCAAACGGAUCCUUGUCGACACUGGGGCGGAUUCAAACAUCAUGUUCCGCAACGUGUUCGACGCACUGGGGCUGAAGGAUGCCGACCUGACGACUCACCAGCACGGGGUUAUCGGGUUAGGCGACCACUUCAUUAAACCAGACGGAGUCAUUUCCCUACCGAUCUCGGUAGGACAGACGCAAGGCCGAAGAUCGGCGAUGGCCGAAUUCGUAAUCCUCCGAGACUCCACAGCCUACAACAUCAUCUUGGGAAGAUGA